GUUUUACCAUAAUCAAAUCUUUCUCUUUAACCCAGCUUCUUAAUUAACUCUUAAGUCUCUGAGGAAAAAAAAAUGAUGAACACAAAGAGUGUAGCCAUGUUAAUGAUGGUGAUGAUGGUACUAAUGGGAAUGGAGAACAUUCUGGUUCACGCAAAUCAUCAUCAUCAUCACUCUCCUUCUCCUUCACUAGAUUUUGAUGUUUAUUCAAAGUCUCCUUCUCCUUCACCAGAUUCUGAUGUUUAUUCAGUAUCUCAUGCAGCUUCACCAAAGCGAACCACAGAAGAAGCAAUUUGUAUUCUUGAUUGUAUGAUUUAUCAGUGCCACCGUGACAAAAACUUAAAGGAUCGGUACAAGUUAGGCUCAUGCUUGAACGAUUGUGUGAACAGUGAGACAUGCAAAAGGAAGAACACAAGCAAUGAUGUGCAUGCCUAAAUAACUAAUUAGGCCAUCCACAAUGGAGAGUCUCUCC